GAGGGAGGUGGAAACAGUGUUCGGGCUCCGGUGGCUGAUGCCCGAUGCACAGGUCGGAGACUCGCGGCUAUCGAGCUCCAGUGAUUUUUGCCUCAAGCGCAACAGAGACACGCAACGCCGGAAGGGAAGAGAUAGGAACGGCAAUCGAGCUCCAGUGAUUGAUUCCCGUCGCCUCAGGUGAUCAACGUUUGGCCCCAGAUGAAUUCUUCUUCCUCUUUUCCCUGUAGUCCUGCUCUGGGAGCGUUGGUGCGAUGUCUGAUAACAGCUGGAUAAAAGUCAGAUUCUCUUAAUUAAGGUUCGAAGAUGCCGGAAAACUUGAUGAAUGGAAUGUGGAAACCCACCCCCUGUACUUGUCGAUCUCAGUGUGUUGAAAUAUGGAGGAUUGAACGGCCUUGAUUCUUCCACUAAUCCAUACGAUACGUUUUUGGGUGAUGAGCUUUAUGUGCUUAUAAAUGCGAUGCGCAGCGAUAAAGCCCUUCUUCUCAAAUCUUCAUACACCACCGUCACUCGCUUGACAGAACAAGGUCUUAUCUGCCCGCUCACCUCUUUACAAUGCGGAACCGUGUUGCAGUCACUCACCAAUACCAAAUCCUACGGAAAGUGCCUGCAACUUCAUGCCCACAUGAUCACUUGCGGUACUCUGGUACACAACACCUAUCUGAAUACCAAGAUCGCUGCCUGCUACGCUGGCUGCGGUCGCAUGGCUGAAGCUCAGGUAAUAUUCGACCAAAUUGUCUUUAAGAGUUCUUUUUUAUGGAAUUUCAUGAUUAGAGGUUAUUCCUGUAAUGGGAAUACCUUGAGGUCUCUUGUUCUGUAUCGUCAAAUGAUCAGUGUUGGACGAAAGCCAGAUAAUUUUACCUACCCAUAUGUUCUCAAAGCGUGCGGUGAUCUGCUGCUCAAUGAAAUCGGCAGAAAAAUUCAUGCAUUGGUGCUGAUUACAGGCUUGGCAUCUGAUAUUUAUGUAGGGAAUUCUCUGCUUUCAAUGUAUUCCAAAUUUGGGUAUGUGGCAACGGCAAGAAUGCUGUUUGAUAAUAUGCCUGUAAGGGAUUUAACAUCUUGGAACACUAUGAUAUCAGGUUAUGUGAAGAAUGGAAAAGCAAGAGAUGCGUUUAUAAUAUUUGAUCACAUGAAAAAUGCUGGAUUUCGUGGAGAUGAAACAACUUUACUUGCUCUCCUUAGUGGCUGUGGUGAUCUUACGAAUUUAAAAGUGGGAAAGGCUAUUCAUGGUUAUGUUGUUCGGAAUAGUGGUAAACUAUGCAGCAAGUUUCUAACGAAUUCCCUAAUUGACAUGUACAGCAAUUGUGAUUCAAUAUCUGAUGCAAGGAAGUUAUUUGAAAAAUUAAAAAUGAAGGAUAUUAUAUCAUGGAAUUCUUUGAUUUCAGGUUAUGAACGACAUGGAGAUGUUUUUGAAACCCUGCAACUUUUCUGUCAAAUGAUUAUGGAAAAUGAAGUUCCCGAUGAAGCAACUGUUAUUUCUAUGCUUGGUGCUUGUAAUCAACUCUCGGCAUUGCAAUUGGGAUCGUCUAUUCACUCAUAUAUUGUUAAAAAUGGUUUUGGUGCAAAUACUGCAGUCGGUACUGCUCUUCUUGACAUGUACACUAAAUGUGGAAGUUUGCCUAGUGCACGUCGUGCUUUUGAUGAGAUGCCUGAAAGAAAUCUGGCUUCUUGGACUGUUAUUGUUACAGGAUUUGGGAUUCAUGGGAGGGGAAAAGAGGCCAUCUCCAUGUUUUAUGAGAUGCUGGGAAAAAAUAUUAUUCCAGACGAAGGCAUGUUUACUUCCGUUUUAUCAGCAUGUAGUCAUUCUGGAUUAGUUGAUGAAGGUAAAGAAAUUUUCUACAAAAUGAUGAGGGAGUACAAUGUAGAACCUAAAGCAACUCAUUAUGCUUGUUUGGUGGAUCUUCUAGGGAGAGCAGGGAACUUAGAUGAGGCAUAUGCAAUCAUAAAUGAUAUGAAAGUGAAACCUAAUUAUGAUAUAUGGAAUUCCCUCUUGUCUGCUUGCAGAUUAUACCACAAUGUGAAGUUAGCCGAAAUCUCAGCUCAUAAGCUUUUUGAAAUGAACCCAAAAGGAGUAAGCAGUUAUGUUUGCCUUUCCAACAUAUAUGCUGCUGAGAGAAGAUGGAGUGAUGUUGAAAAAGUGAGGACACUGGUGAGAAGAAAGAGAUUAAGUAAACCGCCUGGUUACAGUUUGGUCGAGCUAAAUAACAUGGUUCAUCAAUUUUUUGCUGGAGAUAAAUCCCACCAACAAUCAGAAGAUAUUUAUACCAAAUUAAAGGACUUGAAUGGGCAACUUAAGAAUGUUGGUUACAAGCCUGACACAGAUUCAGUUCUCCAUGAUGUUGAGGAAGAAGUAAAGGAGAAGAUGCUUUGGGACCAUAGCGAGAGGUUGGCGCUUGCCUUUGCUCUUAUUAAUACUGAUCCAUCGACCACAAUCAGAAUAACGAAGAAUCUUCGUGUGUGUGGGGAUUGUCAUACAGUAAUGAAAAUGGUUUCUAAGCUCAUGAGUAGAGAAAUCAUCAUGCGAGAUAUUCGUAGGUUUCACCACUUUAGGGACGGAGCUUGUUCAUGCAGUGAUUAUUGGUGAGUUGAUGGCGGAGGUUAAUGAAAUUAUAGUUGAUUAAUCCCAAUGAUUUUAGCACUGUCAAUAGUUCAGACUUCAAAGUUUAGAGAAACUAUAGUUCAGACUUCAAAGUUGAUCUCAACAGCUAUUCGUUGUUCUUGUGUUCCAGAUCGAUUGGUGUGUAAAUUAGUUAGGAUCUUAUUCUCCUUGAGGGUUCAUCCAAUCCAAACUCUUUUAAUAUA